GCCAAGCUUCAAAGAUAAAGGGCACACUUCACUCUGUACUACUGCACACUCCCUCUCUCUCUCUCUCUCUCUCUCUCUCUCUCAGUUCUGCUUUUCCAUUCCAUCAUCACAUUCCCACAUUGAAGCUCUCAAAGUUUCACUUCCCCUGCACUUCACACACUCUCUUGUGGCCAAUUCUUUUCCCAGAAAUGGCAGUCUUUCGGAGCACCACCCUCCUGCUCCUAUUGGCUCUCACUCCCUUAUCACUAGCCACCAACAUGUCCUCUUCACAGUCACCCACCAUGAACAACUCUACAUCAACCCCCACCACGAACAACUCCACAUCAACCCCCACCACAUCAUCCAAAUACCAAAUUGAGUGCACAAUGUGCUCUUCCUGUGACAACCCUUGUAACAAAGUCCCACCACCGCCGGUGCCGCCGUCUCUGCCUCCACCGAGCUCCGGCAGGGCCUACUACUACCCUCCUCCACCGCCCUCCCAGCCCUCCUACAAGUACUAUCCCCCGCCGCCAUAUGGCGGAGGCGGGUACUACUAUUACCCUCCACCCAAUUACCAGAACUACCCAGGGCCGCCACCGCCGAACCCGAUCGUGCCAUAUUUCCCGUAUUUCUACCACACCCCUCCUCCUGCUAGGUCCAGCUCUCCUGCUACAAAUACCAACUUAGCCAUAAGCUCAGUCUUGCUAGGCAGAGUUGGUGUGGCUCUGGUUUUGUUGCUCUGAUUUGAAGAAGCGAGUUAUGGGCAGAUCAGGCAAAUUGCAGAUGAGACAAUGUACGCAGUUUCAGGCUCAGUUGUUUACAAGAAUUGCCCUUCUUCCAUGGGCCCAGGAUCAUCAAUCACAAGAUGGACAGGAGCAGAGACAGAGAGGAGCCAUUGAAUAGUGACUACUAGUUCCCAGAAGUUACUCUCUCUGUAUUCUCUCUUCUCUAACAUGAUGUGUAGAGUGAUGAUUUGCAAUUUGAACAUUAAAUUGUACCCAUCUUUUGUUUGGUUACCGUGGCAAUAAAGUGAGAGAGAGAGAGAGUGGUCAUACUCUUGGAAUGCAAUCAUGAAAGGGUACGCCCACUAGGCAAAUGGCAAUUAGUAUGCUUUUUCA